AGUGCGGCAGGAGCAGGCGACGACAGAACCAAACCCAAAAGUCUUUUAACGCAGGGCCAGUCAUCAUGGAAGGCCAGACGUCCAGAAAACGUUUUCCUCUGAAGUACGGUUGGAUCUUCCUGUUCUUGGCCUGCCUUGCUUCAUGGGUCAUGUUUUACAGUGAAAACAUCACUGAUCAUAUAACCUGCAGGUUAUCGGAGCUAAAGAUGAGCGUUCUCACCACUAAGGCUCCAACACCCAACACCACAAGGUCAAAACGUCCCACUGAGCCUCCAGAGCCAGCCAACAUCUGCUCUUUCCACUCUGUGUUACCAGAAGACGUUCUGGAGGCAGAACUGUUGAAGGAGUCCAUCACCUGGCCUGAAACUCCUUCUCUCCCGCCUAACUUCUCUCUGAAUGACACCAGUAGUCCAGCUCACAGCACCUUCGCCGUUCUGCCAAGAAACGGCGGAGGAAGUUGGCGAGUUGGGGAUCAGCUGGAGGUCCUGAUACAAAUCGCCGACUUCCACGGCCGCCGCAAGUCGUCAGGAGGAGAUGUUCUGCUCGCUCGGCUGCACAACCCGACUCUUUCUGCAGGCGUUGCAGGACGAGUGUUGGAUCAUCGCAAUGGCUCUUACACUGCUGCGUUCUCUUUACUCUGGGAAGGAAGCGCACAGGUUGAGGUGACCCUGGUCCAUCCCAGCGAGGCGGUCACUGUGCUGGAAAGAAUCACCCAGCAGAACCCUGACAGAGUUUCUUUAAAAGGCAACUUCCGCGCUGGCUCAGUCACUGAAGCUACUUCUUGCAACGUGUGCCUCAAGGAGCCACCGGAAAAACUGUGCAACUUCACCGACAUCCGCACCGGUGAGCCCUGGUUCUGCUACAAGCCAAAGAAACUAAAGCCAAUGGAGGAAAAACUCUUUCAAAGGGGUGUCAACAUGAAAGUCUUCAUUCAAUCAUCAGGGCCUUCAAACAUCACUAUUUUACCCAAACUGAAAGGACGAGGUGUGAUCACUCAACCUGCUGGUUAUUAUUACCAGGGUAUUUGGCGAGCCCUAGAUGGCUCCACAGUUCACCAGCUUACUAACAACUCAGCAAUUAGCCAGUGUUUGAGUGGCAAGGUGCUCCACCUGUAUGGAGACUCCACCAUCAGGCAGUGGUUUGAAUAUUUAAUCUCAGCAGCACCAGAUCUAAAGAAGUUUGACCUGAAAAGUCUAACGCAGACAGGACCUUUCAUGGCCUUGAAUUACGCAAAGAACAUCUUAGUGACGUUCCGCUGCCACGCUCCUCCCAUCCGUUUCGGUCACUUGCCGAUCAGUCAGAUACGAUACAUUGCCAACGAACUGGAUGGUGUGGUUGGAGGUGAAAACACGGCUGUAGUUAUCGGAGUUUGGUCGCACUUCAGCACUUUCCCCGUUGAGGUCUACAUCCGGCGCCUGCUGACCAUACGGAGGGCAGUGGAGCGGCUGUUGACCAGAGCUCCAGGUACGCUGGUCAUCAUCAGGACCGCGAACCCCAAAGCUCUGUCCCUCUACGAGACUCUGACCAACAGUGACUGGUUUUCAAUUCAACGUGACAAAAUACUCAGGACAAUAUUUAAAGGGGUCAAUGUCCGAUUUGUGGAUGCCUGGGAGAUGACCUUGGCCCACCACCUGCCGCACAACCUCCACCCACAGCUUCCCAUAAUUAGAAACAUGCUAAAUGUUGUUUUAUCCCACAUAUGUUCUCCAGCGGGAAACUUUAAAAAAGCAACAAAGUUGUAGCAUAGGACCUGUAAUUGGGUAAUUUCUGGUGAUUGGUGACACUUCAUCUAUAUCACAUUAAAGGAACAUCAACCAGUAGUUACAAAGAUGGAAUAAAAAUGAGCAACACAGAGGUAGGUGAAGGAAAUUUGGUGCUGGGAUGAAAUGGCGUCCAAGGUUUGAAGAAGUGCAGAUUUUCAAGAAGUCUGUCAUGAGUUGUAGGUGGUGAGGUAGACGCCUUGGAGCCA